GACGCAACAUCGAAAGCGCUUCGUAACAAAAUCGCUGCUGCUGCGGAUGACGACCAUCGACAUUUCAGUCGCCAUCUUACUUUUGUGUGUGGAAAAGUUCAGCGACGACGGUGUAGCUCAAAAAGUGGUGCUUGCUAGACGGAUCAUCCAGUACAUCAGUAACUUUCGAAUUCGAUCCAAACGCGUCGUCCAAAAGGCUUGGACAGGACUGUCGGUCGGUAUAGUUCGGUUUGCGAUUCCUGGCGGCAGUUGAUUGUUGAUCCCGGUGGCCUAACGAAAAUAACCUUGUACGGAUUGAUAUCGAGUCGCCGCGUCCGGUCGGUCGAAUGAGAAUCUCGGUCGUAUUGUGGUAGUGAUUGUAAUUAAAUUGUUUCUAGAUCUCCAGCGGGGGUCCAGAUUGGAAAGUGCAGUGUUACAGUUACAAUUAGUGGAAACAGCUAAGAUUCAGUAAUUAUUUGUUAAGCUGUUGAUUUUUCGUUAGAUACACUAAUGUGAACGCAAUUUUAAGUAAAAAGUGACUACAGAACUCUCAUCAAAAAACAAUGACGCGUAUCACGGAGACCAAGUCCGUGAAGGUGGACAACUGGGGAGUGUUUUUCCUACAGAAGCUGCAAAACUUUUUCAACAAAACGGACCACUGUGAUCUGACGUUGCAGUUUAAUGACAACUCCCAACUGAAGGUACAUCGGCUGGUGUUGAGUGCAUGUACCGAUUACUUCAACAUGCUGGAGAAUACAUGCGAAAUGUACGACGAUACGUUAAUCAUGCCGCUGGACCUGCAGGCGGACGUGAUUGUGCCUAUCGUGAACUUUAUGUACACGGGCACGCUAGAGUUUCAGUACAAUAUGUACGAUAAGCUGCUUAAAACGGCACGCGAUAUGAACAUGACGGUUCUGCUCAAGUUGCUGGAGGCCCACAAGCAGACUACCCGUAUGAUUCAAGGCGGUCGUCAACCGAUAGUUCUGAAUAAACAGGCUCCUAUGCGCGGUCGAGCAGGACCUCAAAGUAAUAUAGUACCACCAAGAAAUUAUGGAAUGGUUCGACAGCCAGCUCCCGUUCGACCAACGGCUCCGCAACAGAGGGUUGGGCAGGUAGUAAGGCAUCAGUCGACAAUUGCCCCCGUCUCAACCUAUGGUUCUUUCAAUAAGAAUCAUCCACCAGAACCCCACGCUUUGAUGUCAAAGUAUGGUGGGUCGAAAGAAAGCAGACCUGGUCCUUCGAGGUUUGAUGAAAACGCACAUAGCGAUACAUUCGAGGGGCCCUUUGAUGAUAUCACGUACGAAAGUAAACCGCUGGUAACGGCCGAUCAGAUAAAAAAGGAAGAUGAACCAUUCGAGGAAUUGCGUAAAGGGUACACUAAUGCUAGUGGGAAACGGCCGGCCCCAUCGAGUUUUUCCACUCCGAUAGCGAAAAAGCCAAACUUGGAAGAAGUAAAAGAAUUUACAGAGGCCGCUAGACUUAGAAGUCAGAUGGCUACUGAAGAGGAUGACUCACCCGGUUUGGCCGAUGACACUCACUUUGACGACGAUGAUGAAGACGAGCCGCAAGUUCAACCCACCCAGCAACUGCCCGUCGUCAAAUCCAGUCCGAAACAAAUUGUUAUAAAACAAGAAUCUAAAACAUCGCCUGGCGCUGGAACGGUGAAGCAAAUCACUGUAAAGGACGAGUCGGGUAAUGUUGAUCAUGCGAAGAUCAUCAGCGAAGUGCUGAAGAAAUACCCACACCUGGUAAAGAAAAACAAAAAUAUCAAGCUGAAAAUAAUGCAGAAAACUUCCCCUUCUGCGACUAAUUCGACUCAACCGUCUGCUCCAAUGAAAAUGGAAGUUCGAACGGCAACGCCUCUGAAGGCGGAUAUGUCCAUGGUGCGUAAAGCCACUGAAGCAGUUCGUCAACCACCGCAAGCAACUUCCACUUCGGCGCCCCGAAAAAUCGACUCCAAAACGAUGCAUGCUUUGAUUGCUAAGGGCGCUGAAAACAUGACCGGUCCAUGGCUGUGCCUCCGAUGCGGCAUAGACGGACGCCCCAUAAGUAUUCCAAGCUAUAAGGCCUUCCGCAAUCAUCUGAUAGUGAAGCACAGAGAGCGAAUUGAUGCGCGAAUUUGCGAACAUUGUGGUUGGAAAGCGGAGCAGCGAAAUCCUCACCUCUUCUAUCACUGGUUAACCGCGCACAAUAUUAAAUCUACCAUGAAAUUUCCGACCUGCUCCGAGUGUGGCUACAUCGCUAUGAACGCACCGGGUCUCGAAAAGCACGAAGAAGAAAACCACCAGCGGGGUGACCUGCAACAGUGCAUCUAUUGCAAUAAAGUUUUCGCAAAGGAAAUGGACCUGUACGAGCACAUGAAGAGUUUGCAUAAAGAGAAAGCUCGCGAAGAUGGUGUCAUAGAUUUUUCCGACGACGAGUACCAAGUCCAGGAGGAAGAAGAAACUCCCAGCCAAAACAGUAGCCAGGAGAACAAAAUAAAGAUCCUCUCCAAUAUCACGUUCAGUAACACCAGCGCAAUCCCGUUCAUGAUCGAUCCAAGCCAGGCCCAGACGGUGUCACAAAUAGGCGGAAAGCCACAACUGCAGUUGCAACAAAUCACACUGGAACCAUCGUCGGAAGCGGAAGCGCUUAGUAAUGUGGCUUCGGGCAUUGCCACCAGUCUGGGACUGGUGGACAAUGCCACUGUCGUGAUCGAAGAUCCCAACUUUCAGGGGCAGUACAUCGAGCAUCAGAUGGCCACGGUGCAUGGUGAAACGGGAACGACGACAACGCUGUCGUCUGCCCACGGAUCCGAUCAGUUGACAAAGUUGAUCACCGAGGACGGUACGGAACUGCAGCUAACGCAAAGCCAGAAGGAUGAAAUCUUUUCCCAGCUUCAGAACAGCGGAAACGGCGGCAACGUGGUGAUGGUUCUUAACGAUGACAAUUUCAUCAGUGGCAGCGGACUACAGUUGGCGGAUGGAACGCAACUGAUCAACACCACCGGUGCACAGGAUUCAAAUAUCGUGGUUAUGUACAGCCAAGCAGCGGAGGAAUUGGCUGCUCCGGUUAAUACCGUCACUACAACCAGUGCACCAAUUACGGCCGGUACCGAGACCCCCCAUGUACAAGAGCACGAGGAAGUUGCUGCUACAGAGAAGGAGGUAGUCGCAAAGAAAGCGGAAUUAACUGAGGACGAAUUGUCACAGGCUUCGACCCAACCGUCGGAUAAAGUUAGUGAAAAGGAAGUUGAGACCGAGCAAAUGGAGGUAGAUGCUGAAAGUAGCCAGGAACCACCUGCCGAGGAGAGUGUUGAUGAGGAAAAAAAUGCUUCCGAUUUGAAUGAGUCGUCUGAUGUGGCACGGCAAAGCACUCAAGCGGAAGCGGACGAUGAUGACGAGGACGAAGAAGAAGAGGAAGAGGCGGAUGACUCUAAGCCAGCGGAUGAAGCAGCGAAGGCGGAAAAAGAACGCGAUAAAUUGAAACUGAUUUCCGAGCUUGAAGGGGACUGGUCCGAGGAUACAGAGGAACAACCCACUCCGGUCGAGAAAAAAGAAGAAAAACAGGCGGUUCAGUCAGAACCAGCAAAUGCAACUGAAGAGAAGAAAGAAUCGCCAGCAACUGCCAAGAAUGAGAGUAAAAUUAACGAGGAGGAUAUCGGUCAAUUAUUGGACGAUUGGAACAAUGAAACAAAAUUCACGGAAUCCGAUUCGGAUGCUGAUUUGGAGAAGAAACUUCAGAAGGUGGUAGGUGAGAAAAAGGAAGACCCGAAGGAGGAGGAUAUCGCAAUGGAAACCUCAACUGCUGACAACACAGCCGAUAGUGUGGACGACAGUGCGAAUGAUAGCGAGACGCAUGUGGUAAUAGUCGCAGCGGAGAGCGAAACAGAGGCCUCCGUGAGGGAGGAUGACGAUGCAGAUAAAAGUCAAGAGCUGAAAACGGAGAAAGUGGGCGAUGAGAACAUAAAUAAGGAAAAUGUUAGUGAGAAAAUGGACGUCAUUGAAAAUGACAAAGUCCCUGCAAAGGAAGAUGAGCCCGUUGAAAAGGAAGAAGAACCAGUUGAAGAGGAAGAAGAACCAGUUGAAAAGGAAGAAGAUCCAGUGGAAAAGGAAGAAGAGUCAGCGGAACAAGAUGAGGAUCCAGCCGAACAGGAUGAAGCAAAAGGAACAGAAGACAAAGCAAAGUCGAAGGAAGUUGUUAAUUCACUUCUAGGAGAUUGGGAUGAAGAUGAGGAUGAUUUGUAAAGUAUGUUUUAAUAUCAGCAAGUGACUUUUUGUAAAAGAUUUUUCUUAUAUCGAGUGCUAAAAUUAACAAUAGCAUGAAAGUUUAGAAAUAGCAUUAUUGAUAAUGUUAUUAAUUUUAUAGAUGGAAAUUUAUAUUUCAUAAACAAACCGCAUAAAUCACAUUUCUUCUUUGAAUUUGGCAUUUAUCUCACUUGUAAAGAAUAUCGUUUACGCUUGUAAUGUUCGAUAUCUGCUACUAACACUGUCCAUAUUAAUCGAAGAGAUGUUACCUAACCAUAAAUUUAAUCAUUAAUGGGCAAAUUUAUGGUUAAAAAACAUCUGCGGGAAUUAAAAUGUGGAUUGGUUCGAGUCACGACUAAAAUCCACAGUUGGGAGUUCUCUAAUCCUCUCUUGUUGGGAGAAACAAUUGCAAGCAAUGCAACUACAUUUCUCCCAACAACGGAAAGGAUUUGAAAAGCUAACAUCCAGAUUAUUUGUCUAUCCUUUAAAUCAAAUGAAUCACAAUUACAAUCAUUAUUUUAAGUGAACCGGGAAGUACUAUUUUUUUCUUUAUUGAUAGUGAAACUUUACGGAACACAUUUUAGAGCAGGCAAAUGUUUUCGUUCAAAGUUAUGUUCUAUGCGAAAAACGUUUGGUGUAGAAUGAAGUUAAAUAAAUGAAUAUAGAUUGUAUUGA